CCCACCCCCCUACCACAUUCUCAUUGUACAUGGCAAAAAUGAGAGGUUUUAGUUUCAGAAGCCUUACAUUCAUGGUGAUGGUUGCAUUUCUGGUUUGGUCAUGGAAUGUUGAAACUUGUGAUGGGAGAAGAGGGAGGCAUUGGAGGCCAAGCAGAGGUGAUGCAUCUUUGUACAAGAAGAAAGGGAAGUAUCAUCACGGUGGCAAUCGACACCACCGCAGCAGCAAUGCCGGGAAGACGAAGCAGAAACACCCGUCUCCGGUGGUGGCGGUGCCGCCUCCGCCACCGCCACUGCCGCCGUCAGCUCCGGCGGCUCCCCGACCUAGCAUCCCUGUAAAUCCACCAAGCAAAGGUUACGAGGACGACACCGGGUCGGUUUUCAGUGUCAUGGAUUUUGGAGCAAAGGGUGAUGGGAAGAGUGAUGACACUAAGGCAUUCCAAGCUACCUGGGCUGCAGCUUGUAAGGUGGAGGCAUCAACGAUGGUGGUCCCGUCAGAAUACGUAUUCCUUGUGGGGCCCAUUUCUUUCUCUGGACCUUACUGCGAAAAAAAUAUAGUUUUUCAGCUUGAUGGCAAAAUCAUAGCUCCAACAGACUCGAAAGCUUGGGGUUCAGGCCUUUUCCAAUGGCUUGAAUUUACAAAGCUGGUAGGAAUUACAAUUAAGGGAAGUGGCACGGUUGAUGGAAGUGGUUCAGUCUGGUGGCAGAAUUCCCCAUUAGAUGACCCAAUAGAUGACGAAUUAAAAUUAAUCAUUCCACUAAACAGAACAAAGCCGGUCUAUCCUCCAAUCUCGAUAAAUAGUUCACUUAGUGGAAAAAUGCCAAGCACAAAGCCAACGGCACUUCGGUUCUAUGGGAGUUUUAAUGUGACUGUCACUGGAAUCACUAUUCAGAAUAGUCCACAGUGCCACCUCAAGUUUGACAACUGCGUAGGGGUAUAUGUAUACAAUUUCACUGCCUCGUCACCUGGAGAUAGCCCCAACACAGAUGGAAUCCAUUUACAAAACUCAAAAGAUGUUGUUAUCCGUGGGAGCACCCUUGGUUGUGGAGAUGACUGUGUUUCAAUUCAAACUGGAUGCACAAAUGUAUAUAUACACAAUGUGAAUUGUGGACCAGGGCAUGGAAUCAGCAUUGGAGGACUAGGAAAAGACAACACAAAAGCUUGUGUCUCAAAUAUCACUGUGCGAGACAUAAUUAUGCAAAACACAAUGAAUGGUGUAAGGAUAAAAACAUGGCAGGGUGGAUUAGGGUCUGUGCAAGGAGUUCUGUUCUCAAACAUCCAAGUUUCUGAAGUUCAACUGCCAAUUGUAAUUGACCAGUUCUAUUGUGACAAAAGAACAUGCAAGAACCAGACAGCUGCUGUGGCUCUAUCAGGCAUCCACUAUGAAAACAUAAGAGGAACAUAUACAGUAAAACCAGUGCAUUUUGCAUGUAGUGACAACAUGCCAUGUACAGAUGUGACCCUAGACAGGGUAAAACUAGAGCCGCUACAAGAGCGUUACCACCUGUAUGAUCCAUACUGUUGGCAGACAUUUGGAGAGUUGCACUCUCCUGCAGUCCCUCCAGUUCAAUGUUUACAAGUUGGCAAGCCAUCAAGCAACAGGAUUCAGGUAGAUCAUGAUCAGUGUUAGGUAAAUGAUGCAUAUUAUGGUGUAUUUAUUUGUGAGGUCGGCGUGGUUUUUGCCAACCCCUUCACACCAUUAGUUAGUAAUAUAAGGCAUUUAGUAAUAUGAUAUUAUAGAAAAUUUUCUUUACUAGGAUUUCUUGAGAAUCCAUUGUGUGAUAAUAUAUAUAUUUUUAUAUAGAUAUUUGAUUUGAUAAAGUGAAGUGUUCAACAGUA